GUCCAAGUUCAAACUUCAACAAACAAAAACGGAAGAAAAAGUUAAAGAAGUCAACAAUAAUUAUUAAUUAAUUCAUAAUACAAGAUUAAUAUUGUUGUUAAAUUAAUUUAAUUCUGUGAGUCUGGUCAUCGUCUCGUCGAGUUUCAUUUUUGUUUUAAUUUUCAUUAAAGUGAACCUUAUUUUAUCCAGACACCUUCAAUCAUUCUAAAAAUGGAUUAUACGCCUAAACCAACUAUAGUCCCAGCAUCGCCGUUCGAUCCUGCUGCCGAUGGCCAAGCUCUUCGAACCGCCAUGAAAGGUUUUGGUACCGAUGAACAGGCCAUCAUUGACAUUUUAACCGCUCGCUCAAACUCUCAGCGUCAGGAGAUCAAAGCCUACUUCCUACAUGAAUAUGGUCGUGAUUUGAUUGAUGAUUUGAAAAGUGAAUUAGGAGGUAAAUUCGAAGAUGUCAUCAUUGGUCUAAUGAUGCCACCAGUCGAGUAUCUUUGCAAACAACUUCACAAGUCAAUGGAAGGUUUGGGUACAAAUGAAGAAUCUCUUGUGGAAAUUCUUUGUACCAAAUCCAACGAAGAAAUGGCUGAAAUAGUGAAAGCCUACGAAGAUAAAUACGACCGUCCAUUGGCUGAGCAUAUGUGUAGUGAGACAUCGGGUCAUUUUAGACGUUUAUUAACUCUCAUUGUGACGGGUGUUCGUAAUCCAGCCGGAACUGUUGAUCCAGAUAAGGCUAAAGAACAAGCUGAAGCCCUUUAUGCUGCUGGUGAAGCGAAAUUGGGCACCGACGAAGAGGUAUUCAAUCGUAUUAUGGCACAUGAGAGUUUUGCCCAGUUGCGAUUGAUUUUUGAGGAGUACAAGCAGAUCUCCGGCAUGACUUUGGAACAAGCUAUUAAGCAUGAGAUGAGUGGUGAAUUGCAUGAAGCAAUGAUGGCUAUUGUUGAAUGUGCUCAAUCGCCUCCUGCAUUCUUUGCCAAUCGUUUAUUCAAAGCAAUGGACGGUGCUGGCACAGAUGACCGAACACUGAUCCGCAUAAUUAUCAGUCGAUCCGAGAUCGAUUUGGGCAAUAUUAAGGAUGAAUUUGAACGAUUGUACAAUAGGACUUUAGUCAGUGCUGUUAAGUCCGAGACAUCUGGCGACUACAAACGGGCGCUUUGUGCUCUUAUUGGAGGCGCAUAAAUUGCGUAUAAGAAUUUCUUGUUUUUUUUUUAAUUAUGUAUCUCAUUGUCCUUUAAUUAUCUGUGAAUCUCUCCAACUUGAAGUACCCUGCAUAGAAAGUGCCUAACUCAAAAAAUAGAUAUAUUUACAUUUUUAUGUUAAUUUUUGUUUACACUCUCUUUUUUUACCAUUCCUAAAUGUGCUUUAAAAUAAACAUACAGUUUCUCUCAGAAUAAACAAUAAAACAUGUUUUCAAGUA